UAAAAAUGGGAAUCAAAUCAUCUAAAAACUCGAAAAAAGAUAUUUAUCGUUUAAAGAUUCAUAACUUAAAGAACCAGUUGAGUUUGUUAGAAAAAGCUGUAAACAAUUAUAAAAACGAGGCUUCACUAGCUUCUGAAUCUCAUAAGUCAGAACUAAUUUCGGCUUUAAACAUAAUUAACGAUCAAGAAAAAAGACUUUUAUCAAUUGAGAGAGAAUAUCAAACAAUAAAGUUUUGUUCUAAAGAGUUAGAAGAAAUAAAAAUGGAGUUAAACAUAAUCGCAAAUGAACAUAAACAAACAAGCCAUAAUCUUCCAUUGCUUGUUAAGCAAGUUGGGGACAAAGAGAUAAAAUCUUGGAAUGACAGUGUUCUUGAAUUAAAAGAACGUUACGAAUCCGCCAAACAGUAUACUAUGGAACUUGUUUCGAUGGAACUGGCCCAUGAAAGAGAACUUCAGGAUUUACAAAGACGAAUACGGCGUUUAGAAAACGUUGAAUCAACUUCUGAAGUUAAAAAAAAUGAAAGUUUUAUUGAAUAUUACAAAUUGAUCGGCGAAAACGUUGAUCUUAACAACGUCAACGAGCAAGCUUCAAAAUAUGAUAAAAAGUUUUUAAAACUUGAUGCUGCAAUUAAAAAGUUAAAAGACGAUUUGAUACUUUCUAAUUUUAACAAAAAACUUUAAUUCUAGAACAAUAUGUUAUACGUCACGAGUUGCAAAAAAGUAAACACUUGUUUUUAAAGUUUCAUUUUUUUUUUUUUUUUUAUCGCGUUUAGCUUUAUCUUUAAUUUUUUGAUACAUUAUUUAAUUAUUUUUAUUUGAAUUAAUUUUUAUACUGCAAACGAUAUAUUCCUUAGAACAGUUGUCGUACUGUUCGAUUGAUGAUGCAUGCAUCCUGCAGGUUUGUCUUCUUU